CCGCAUACUAUUAGCCUUGAAGAGAUCAGCGCAGAGCAAGUAGGCUGCAGUACCGGCAAAGAUAGAGAGGAUGGUGUCAGGCUCGAGAUUCUUUCUUCCUAGGACGACUACCAGCUCAUUGCUUCUUUUGAUAGUAUGGUGUUCUUCAGUAUCAAGAACUAUGGGCAAAAAUGAAAUUUCUAGCAUCAAACUAGGAUCUCAGUGUAAAUCAUCAGACUAUUGUCAGAAGUUUGUGACUAGAAGCCAUUGUGACGAAAGACUACGUGUUUGUACGUGUCAACCACAUUCUAUAGUGUAUGACGCCAAUACUUGUGUUUCAGCUUCGCUUCUGGGUUUUGAAUGUGCAAUGGACGAACAGUGUGCAAUGAAGGUUAGCAACAGUUACUGUGAAAAGGGUAAAUGUCAGUGUCAACCUAAUUUUCUUCCACUGAGAUUCGACAAGUGCCUACCACCUGCUAGAAUUGACGAUUACUGUUUGAAAGAUGAGCAGUGCCACCUAGCGAGCAGGCACAGUUUUUGCAAGUACAUUAUUCCACGGAUAUAUGGCAAAUGUCGGUGUCCGGCAGGUUAUUUGGUAACGGAUGAUCGCCGCUGUUUACCUGGUCUACACAGUGCUUGUCUAAACGACGAAGAAUGUGUGACACCUGGUUCCUUCUGCAAACAGAGAGAUAAUGUUUCUGUUUGCACUUGUAUGGACGGAUUCAUUACUGCAGACCGUGGAAAAAGCUGUGAGCCACUACAGAAAGAAAAUGCAAAUGAAAAACAAACCGAGAAGGAAGAAGAUAAAAAUGAUGUUAAGGACGAAACAGUUGUUGUUUCCCUUGGCAAAAGCUGUCAGUCUGACAGUCAGUGUCAAGCUCGAGAUCCCCACAGCAGCUGCGUUCAUGGAGUUUGUCAGUGUAUUUCGAAUUCUUCCAGGUGUAACUCUGCAGUUACAGGUUGCCUUAGUGAUACCUUCCAGUGCAGGAGUGGUCAAUGUAUAUCGUGGUUCUUUGUGUGUGAUGGACAGGAUAACUGCCCUGAUGGCAGUGACGAGGAAGAAUGCACUCCUACGAGAUGUGCUAAAGAGGCGUUUAAAUGCAACGACGGGACCUGCUUAUCGAGAUCAGUUAUUUGUGACGAGAAAUGGGAUUGUCCGGAUGGUAGCGAUGAAGCCAGGUGUUACAAGGGUAUUUCAUGUGAGAAGAACGCCUUUCAGUGCGACAACGGCGAAUGUCUUCCACAGUUCGCUUUCUGUAAUGUUAUCAAAGACUGUGCCGAUGGAAGUGACGAGAAGCCAGAAGUCUGCUCCCAAGCGGACACUUGUCCUAAUGGAACUUUCCAGUGUAACAGUGGUCAGUGUAGAUCAACAGCUAUUCUCUGUAGUGGACUGGACGGUUGUGGAGAUAACAGUGAUGAAGACAGAUGCGAAGUUUGCUAUUGCGAAGAGCCAUGAAUUUCACCCGAAUGUCCAAGCUUCGAUGAAGUCCAUUUGAUCAGAUGAACCUGGUUGGUAUAUUUCUACAUGGAAUAUUCAACAUCACCCCCAAAAAUUUAACAUUAUGGUUUUGGUCCUCUCUGACAUAUAUCUUUUUUUUUAUCAUCCUUUGCACCAAAUGGGGCUAUAUUUAAAUUGCAGGGGUGUAACGUGAGUUGAAAUAAUCCUGGAAAAAUUUAAACAUAAAAUAAAGAAGACACUAGUGAACUUUGAAAAUAUGGUUUGUAAUUUGCUAUGACAAUUUAUUUGAUGUUAUAUUAUUUAAUUUUGUAUGUCUAGAUAUCGUUAUUCUCCCGCUACGUUUUUCACAAAGAAGAUUCCUAAUCAUUUUUCCGUACCAAAACAAUCAGCAGAUGUUGAAGUUUAUUCCAGUGGUCACAACUUAAUAAUAAAUAAUGUUUUGGCCUGUACAAAAAUCUGGUAUUAUAAAAAGUAAAUUUAAAAGGUAUACAGUUUAACCAAUUUCAGUGCCAUAGAUAGCUAACUUAACAAAAUCAUUGAAAGGGUAAAAGUUGGCAAAAUUAUAUAUAUAUAUUUAUUACGUUUGACAGACCUGCUUCAUACUGUAUAUCUACACUUAAGACUAAGUUUCUCAUUUUAAAAGUAUUGUAGUAAGUUUUGUAAAAGAGAAAAAUUGAAUUAAGUUUCUAUUUCAUGUAUUCUUUCAUUCUGUGAAAUAAAAAAAAUGUAUGAACG